AUGAACUUCACACUCUUGAAGAUCACUUACACGGCCUUUGGGGACCGGAGGAGUUUCUUCGUCAACCAGGCCAUCAAUCUUCUUUACAUCAUCUAUGGUGGCGCCAUCCUGUACCCAAGGAUGCUGUGCACCAGUGCGGUGACCAAAGAGAUGACAGCCUUUCCAAAGAAACACUUUGUCAUCAUGGGCACGCUCGACAGCCUCGGCACCUUCCUGACGUGCCUCGGCACUGCGUACACGCCCGGCUCCGUGACGCCGCUGCUGAACCAGCUCCUGAUUCCAUUUACCAUGCUCGUGUCCACGACAUGGCUGAGAAUACGGAGUCGCUGGCAGGAGCGGCUGGGCGCUACCCUCAUUUUCGCCGGUGCCUGUGUCAGUGUGCUUCCGAAGAUCGUGGACGACGAUAGCUCGUCGCUGCACAGCCUAGCUGCCCAAAGCAGGUGGUAUGCAAUCCUUUUUUAUGCCCUCAGCAACUUGCCAAUGGCAGCGUCCAGCUGCUACAAAGAGGCAACGUUUGAGGACAACCACUUGGACGUUUGGUACUUGACACAAUGGGUGUCAAUAUGGCAGUUCCUAGUAUCCUUCGCUUACAUGCCGCUGCUGGUCCUCCCGGGCUUCAGCAGCCGGGAGGGCAUGUCCUUUGCCGGGGUCGCCGAUGCCUUCUCCGACGGCUGGCAAUGUUACAUUCAGGAGGAUGCCGACUGCGCGCGGAGGAGCACGUUUUCGCUACUCACCGGCUACUGCGCCGUGAACGUUUGCUUCAACACGCUGGGCCUGUACUUGACAAAGCAUGGCAGUGCAGUGCUGAAUGCGCUCAGCUACUCGAUCCUCCUGCCCUUCACCACGGCCUUGUUCUUCACGCCGCUGCUCGGUGAGUACCAGGAGCCGCUGACGCGUGAUGCGUACUUCACCUUUGUGGGCUUGAUGGCCGUGCUUGUCGGCUUUGCCAUUUACCAGCUGUACAACCAGCACGUUGGAGACGGAGUUCGACGUGAGCUCACGCCGGAGUACUCGCCAACACCGGUCUGCCCCACCUCGCACCUGCUGGAAGACUUCUUGGAGGAACCGCCAGAGGAAGCAAUCGGUCAGCCAUCGUUCCAGGAGCGGGUCAUUGGCCUGCCGCCGAUGCCAAGGCACCACUCUUCAUCAUUCUCAGGGACUUAA